AUGAAAGCUAAUAAGAAGAAAACUGUCGCGAAAUCUCGCUCAGCUCUUGAAAUUGAAAAUGAUGAAAACUUCGAUUCAUUGACACCAUUGCCGAAGAGAAAAUCUCCUGUAUCGAACGAAAACAAUGCAGUCACUACUACGUUGAGCAACACCGAUAAAACAUCAAAGCUUUCUGAUAACAAUAUUGUACUGACAGUAUCAAACAGUGACAAUGAUAAUUCUGUACUUCAAUCAAUUGCAAAUACGGCAAUGACACCUUCGACGUCGAACGAUGCUAAUCUCAAAUCAUUUACAAGUGAUAACAUUUUGUCAGCGCCAGCAGCAGACAAUUGUCGUAUUGUUCCAACAACAAUUACCGCUUCGUCGCCAUUGUUGAAUGAUAACAAUCAAGCAAUCGAACCAUCGUUAGACGUUGACGUUAUCGCAAUGUCACCGGUGAACUGUGCAUCGAUGCAGCCUUCAAAUAAUAAUAAUAAUCCCAAUGGCCGGAAGAUUACAUCGAUUGUUUGGCAAUAUGCUACGAAAGCUGAUGAUGGAAAAUCGGCUACAUGCAAAAUAUGCAACUUCACGUGUACUACUUCGGGUCAUUCAACAUCCGCGAUUCGUCAUCGUUUGAUUCGUCGGCAUAAUAAACUUGAUUUGAUCAUUACAGCUCAACAGGUUCCUCAUACAAAAUCAACAAUUUCUGAAGGAUAUAAACGUCAACUACAUGAUUUAUGCUACAAAGCCAUCGUGACUGAUAAUCGACCUUUCAACGAUCUGCGGAAAACAGGAAUUUUAGCUGUUUUCAACAAAAUCUGUCCAGGUUAUCUUCCUCCUCACCGUAAUCAAAUUUCCAAUCAACUGCGCCGUAUGUACCAUCGUCAAUAUGACUUAUUGAAAGAAGAACUCCAAUCAAUUGAUUAUAUCGGUUUGACAUUAGAUUUUUGGUCCAGUCGUUCGCUAAUCUCAUAUCUUUGUAUUACGGGCCAUUGGUACAACGACAAGGUCGAAUACAUUUCGAAAAUUAUUCAUUUUUCAUCUUUUAAUGAGCGGCACACAGCUAUUAAUAUUGCUCAUUGUAUCAAGGAAAGUCUCAAUGGAUUAGGAAUAUAUCAUAAAGUUAUUAGCAUCACUUGCGAUGGCGGCGAAAACGUAGUGGCUGCGUGUCUAAAACUUGAUGGACGCAUCAAACGUAUUUGGUGUUCCGCUCAUCGGUUGCAUUUGGUUAUAAUUAAUGCUUUGGGAUUUUGGAACAAGCAGAAGAAAGCCAAUACUAACGAAUCAAUUGAUAAAUGGCAAGAAGUUUCAGUGACAACGAAUGACGUUACUGCGAAGGAACAAGAAGAUUGUAUCCCUGUCAACGCAUCAAACUUAUCAAAAUCAGAUGACUCCUUAUUUGACCAAGCAUACAAUGGAAUGGAUGCUCACGACGUGGUAAUGGUUGAUGCGAACGACAGUGAAAAAGAAAUGGAGCUGGAAGAUGAACCUAAUUCAGAAGACGAUGAUGAUUCUGAUACCGAAGGACAAGAUCUCAAUUUAAUUUGUGAUAACUGGUCGACAACUAUUGAUACCAAUGUACCUGCUGCUGAUGUCGUGGAAUUGAUUAUAAAUGUUUUGAAAAAAUGCCGUUCGAUUGCAACUAUAUCGAGAAAAUCGUCGAUUAUUUCGAACUUUCUUCGAUCCGUAUCAUCAAAUAAGACAAAUCGAAAAAUAUCUAAUGACUGCAAAUCCAGAUGGAAUUCUACGUCAAUGUUAAUUGAGUCCAUUAUUACAAUGAAACACUUAUUGAUGAAAUUAUUUCUUGAAAAACGAAGUUUGAAAUUACGGAAAGAACAACUUGACAAAUUAUCUGCGAUUGAAUUGGACAAUAACGAUUGGGACUUUUUAGUAUCAUUAAACCGUGUAUUAAAUCCGUUCGCUCUUGCGACGGUUAUGAUGUCUGGCAAGAAUUAUCCAUCUAUUGGCUUGACUUAUCACGCAAUACAAAAAUUGAAACAUUUUUGUGAAGUUGACGAUGGUGGAAAUGAGCACGUCAAUGCAUUUAAAAAAUUAUUAUUGUCCAAGAUCUGCAAAUACUUUUAUCAAGAUGAGGAACAAGUCGAUCACUUUCAGAAACAUGCAUUUUUUGAUCCAGUUGCACAUCUUAGUUUGAACGACAAUGAAAAAACUCAAUGUGAGAAAUAUAUCAAGAAUUUGAUACUAGGCGAUAUUUAUCCUCAAAGAGCUUCUCAGUUGGAUUCGACUCAAACUUCAUUGCCAACUAACACGAUUCCAUCAUCAUCAACAACACAAUCUCAAGUGCAUCAGUCAGUUCCACAAUCUGCAUUGCUGAAGCGAUCAACUUAUGAUGAUUUUAUUGCGGCAUGCGGUCAAGACCAUUUUGAGCGUGAAACUACAAGAGAAAAAAGCAAACGCGUUGGUCUCAUUGAAGAAUUGAAGUAUUUUCGGGCAGCUGUACAGGAUUUCAACGCAAAAAGAAAACCUUCGACAACAGCCGCAGUUGAGUUUUGGAAAUCUCAUCAUAUACUUUUACCACAAUUAUGGCAUUUAGCGAAAGUUCACCUCGUUACAUGUGCAACAAGUGUUGCUAGUGAAAGUGCUUUCUCUUGCUCCGCGUACGUGGCUCGCAAAGAACGAACAAAGCUUUCAGCUGAGAAUUUAGCUUAUACAGUCUUCUUAAAAGAUAAAUUCGAUCGAGAAUGA